AUUUAUUUAUUCGAUUCCAAUGAAUAAUUACAAUAAUAUAUAUUUUGUAUUUUCGGCCGCUGUUAAUCUGUAGCUGUACGUGAAAUUCACACGUCAAUUCUGUUUUCCCUGACAAACUCCUUAAAAUCCCUAUCCAUAGACUGCCAUUUUUGCCCCAUCUUCUUCUUCUUCUUUGAAAGUUCCCAAAUCGAAAACUGGCCUCGCCAUGGCAAUGGCAAUGGCGGACGCGAAGCUUCAUCGCCUUCUUCUUGCUUUCUUCUGUCUAUUUCUUCUACUUCUUCCUGCCGUGAUGGCGGCAGAUUGCCCUUGCGCCGAAGACGAAGGAGAACCAGUAGGCCACCGCGAUAAAACCCUAGCUCUGAGAUACAAAUUAAUUGCCAUAGCUACGAUUCUCCUCGCCGGAAUCAUUGGAGUGUUCAUCCCUAUGCUCGGGAAGGCCUUUCCCGCUUUAAGUCCGGAGAAGGAGAUUUUCUUCGUGAUUAAAGCCUUCGCCGCCGGUGUUAUUCUGUCGACCGGAUUCAUCCAUGUUCUUCCCGAUGCUUACGAGAGACUGACCUCGUCGAAACUGAAAGAGAAUCCGUGGGGGAAGUUUCCGUUCACUGGCUUGGUGGCUAUGGUGGCGGCGAUCGGAACUCUGAUGGUGGACGCUGGUGCCAGUUCUUAUUACACUCGGCUCCAUCUGAGGAAGGCUCAGCCUGCAGUGACCGGCGACGAAGAGAUGCGCGAUGUGGCUCAGGACGGCCAUGUUCAUGUUCGCACUCACGGCACUCAUGGUCACGCUCAUGGCUCCGUCGAAGUCGCCGGAACAUCAACGGAGAUUCUCCGGCACCGGGUGAUCUCUCAGGUAUUGGAACUGGGAAUAGUGGUACAUUCUGUAAUUAUUGGGAUUGGUUUGGGCGUUUCUGAUAAUCCAAAAACGAUAAGACCUCUUGUGGCGGCCAUCACUUUUCAUCAGUUAUUUGAAGGAAUGGGCCUUGGAGGUUGCAUUGCUCAGGCGAAGUUCAAGAACAAGGCAGUAAUAAUAAUGGCGCUUUUCUUCUGCCUCACAACGCCCGUCGGGAUAGCAAUAGGCAUUGGAGUAACGAAUACUUACGACGAAGAAAGCCCGAAAGCGUUGAUAGUUGAGGGAAUUUUGAAUGCAGCCUCAGCUGGAAUCUUGAUCUAUAUGGCUCUAGUAGAUCUUUUGGCUGCAGAUUUUAUGAACCCUAGAAUGCAGAGCAAUGGAAAGCUUCAAAUUUUGGCUAAUCUUUCCCUUUUUCUUGGAGCAGCCUUCAUGUCUUUACUCGCCAUAUGGGCUUGAAAUUCAAGCCACACCCCUAAACAACCCUUUGUGUGUAUAUUUUUUUAUAUACUAUAGUUACUUUAAUUAAGUCAAUUUUAGUAUUAGUUUUAUUGUUAAAUAGCAAUCCAAUAAUAAUUACAUAGCACUUUUUUUUACUGGUUAUUCCUGUAACUCUGGAAUAUUUGACCAAUUUUGUAGGAGAAAGUGAAAAUAGACAUGAUUAUUCCUCUCAUGACCAAUUGGUUUUGAGAUGGACCAAUAUUAAUAAAUAAAAGUGUCAAAUUUCUUUCUUGAA